AUGCAAUCUGACGUCUGUUAUGAUUAUUACAACAACAGUCAAAACAGUGGCAACAAUGGUGGACAUCAGUCAUUAAGAGGACCAAGGCCCAUUCAGCAGUCGCCCAUGUAUCCAUACUCGUAUACUCCAAGGCAACCACGCAAGCCAAUUGAAGUGAGAGUGCCUACACCGAGAACUCAAUUUACCCCUCAGCCUCCAUCGCAGCCAUAUGUGUAUCCAGCUCCAAAACCACAGUUGGGAAGAAAGCCCUCAAAGACGGAAUUGCCGCUGGACAAUUUCAUCCCGCCUUCACCUGCGCCUUCUUCAUCCACCAAAAUAAUAGCCCAUUCGAAUGUCUCCAUACGUCGAAAGCCAACACCACCUACUCCAGCGCCCAAAGCAAGUGCUAGUAAGCCGGUAAAUCCUGUAUAUCAAUCGCCCUUGAACCGUUACUCGUCUGACGAUGACAAUGAUGAAGAUGACGAUGUGAAUGAUGAGGACAUACUCCGAGAUUUGACCUUGUCGAGACGAAUGAGUGUACAUGAUAUCACCAUCUCUUCUGACGAAGAAGACGAUGACGAUGACGAUGAUUAUAAUUUAGAAGAUACCUCAAGAAGACCAACUAGCAAAGUACCUGAUGAUUUACCGCCAAUUCCUCAGAUAUCAGCACCUGGAUACUCGGACGAUGAAGAUGAGAAUACUACCAGUGCAUCCAUAUACACAAUUCGCAAAGAUGACUUGCCGCCUAUACCCUCCAUUUCUGCUCCUGGCUACUCUGACGACGAAGAAGAAGAAGAAAAGAAUGUUCACAAAAGCAAAGCUCCAUUACCUGUCAUCCCUACUAUUUGUGUUCCUGGAGGGUUUUCGGACGAUGAUGAUGAUCAAGAGCAAAACGCUACACAUGCUCAGCAAAAGAAAAAGAGCGCAUUAUACAACUCGAUGUAUUUUGGUAUUCGAUGUGGUGGAUGUGAGGAACCAUUGAGCGGUCAAGCGAUUACGACAUCCGGCAAACAUUGGCAUCCACGCUGCUUCAAGUGUCAAGCAUGCCAUCAAAAUCUGGAGCAUAUUGCAUUCUAUGAGAAGGACAGUUUACCUUACUGCGCUCUUGACUAUCACGAAUUGUUCAGCCCUCGAUGUGAUUUUUGUAAAACACCAAUUGAAGAGCAUUCCAUUUCAGCACUGGGAAAGACAUACCAUGCUGGCCACUUCUUUUGUAGAGAAUGCGGUAAACCAUUCGAUGAGGAAACCAACUUUUUGGAACAUGGAGGACAUGCCUACUGUGAAGCGGAUUACUACAAACAGUUUGGAAAGGCUUGCAGAGGAUGUGAAGAGACGAUUACAGGGGAUUUCUUGGUGGCAUUGGGUGGUGAAUGGCAUAAAGAGUGCUUUGUAUGUGCUGAUUGCGGUAGCACAUUUGCAUCGUCCACGUUUUUGAUCAAGGGAGGUAAGCCGUACUGCGAGGAGCACUAUCAUCAGCAAACAAGCUUGAAAAAGAAGAUUAGUCUACCUAAGGCUAAACCACUGAAACCACUGCCGAGUUUGGAUUUACUGGCGUCGCCAAAGAGCUCAAAACCGGUACCUGAUACUAUCUGCAUCACGGAGAAUACAGCAGAAUCACAGACCAAGACCUGCCAUAAAUGUCAAACCACAAUACAGGGCCGAUGCCAUAGUGCUUUUGGACGUGAUUACCAUCCUCUGCAUUUCCAAUGCUCGAGGUGCAACAAGCUUUUAUCUGCUAGACUUACAGGCUUAUACCAGGAAAUAGGCGAUGGUGAGAUUAUUUGUAAGCCAUGUGUCAGGAAAAAUAGAUCCACAGAUCCAUCAUUUUAG